ACACGAGCGAUGCCGACUCCGAGCAGACCGCCACCAGUGGAUGCGGUGGAGAUGGGUCUAGCAUCGGAGGAGGAGGCGGCGGUGGCAAGAAGGUCAAGAUGAAUAAACUCGGCGGUAGCAAGAAUGUGACACUCAAGAGGUUGAAUCAAGGAAAAGCGGCGCUGCAGCUCAUCAUCAACAAUAACAGCAGCAGGGAAAGAGUUGAGCCCGAGCGCCAAAAUGCUCUCCUACAUGCUACCAGUUGAGGAAAAAUCGCCCUCAGUGACGGCGGCCAGUGCAGCUGCUGCUGCGGCGCGAAAUCUAAGUUUGAAUCUGAAUAAUACCACUACCGGAGGAGGCGGAGGCGGUGGCCAUUCCGGACCGAAUCCAUCGUCUGCGGUGUUGGUGAAUCCGAGUGCAUCCGGCGGUGGUAAGGCCGGUAGCCGUCCGUCGUCCGGGACGACCAAGGUUAUCAAAUCGGCCAUCAAAACAAACCAUCGCUAUAAUCUGGUUCCGUCGUCGGGUCGGGAUUCGGUUGCUCCGUCGUCGGAGAACGGGAAGGUAAAGAAGUUCGCUGCGAGGUUGCAUCAGCAGCAGCAGCAGCAACCGUACCAGAAGUGCAAGGGAGGUGAAGAAGAUAGUGUGAGGGGUAGUGCAAUACACAACGGAGGAGGAGGAGGAGGAAGAGGCGGUGGUGAAGAUUUGAGUGUUGAUGAGCACACCAGCCUUCUGGGAGGAAGUGGUGGCGGCGGUGGCUCCAAGAGUGUCAAAAGUGAUAAGAAUUUCAACAACCUGAUUCUCGUCAACGGGAACGGCAACGUCGGUGGUCCCAACGGGGGUUCCAAGCUAGUGAGUGUGUUGAAGAAUUCCUCGGCCCUGAAGAAUGGUGGCAACGGUGGUGACCAUGGCAAUAGCAACCACGGCACUCACCACCACCACCACCACCACCAGCACAAUGGCUACAGUGCGGUGAAUAGCUACGAAGAAGAUGACGAAGAAGACAACAACGACGGUGACGAAGAGUUCGACGAAGCCGAAACAGAAGAAGCCGAGUUCGAUUUGGUUGCGGCGAAUAAUCGCAAGAAUAUUCACCAACAGCAACAACAGCAAACGAUCAGCAAAAUGAGCACCAGUGUGAGUUUGACGCGGAAUUUGAACGGAAUCAACGGUAACAAUGGCAGUAGUGGCCAACAUCAGCAGCCACCGCAGCCGCAGUCCUCGGUGGAGACGCCGAGCAGUGGCAUUAUGUUGGACACGAGCGAUGCCGACUCCGAGCAGACCGCCACCAGUGGAUGCGGUGGAGAUGGGUCUAGCAUCGGAGGAGGAGGCGGUGGUGGCAAGAAGGUCAAGAUGAAUAAACUCGGCGGUAGCAAGAAUGUGACACUCAAGAGGUGAGUCCUUGGGAUUUUUUGGCUUCGUCUUUUUUCUGCUAACUGGGAUUUUGUCGGUCGCGAUUGGAUCGCUGCCAGAUGCGGAAUUUCGGGGAGGAUUAUCGAUGGUCGGCUACGACAGAUUAGCAGGGCGAUUAACAGCAAGUCAGGUGCUUAUUUAUAGAAGAAUUUUAAUGAACGAUGAUCGUUGUGUAUGCAAAUUAA